CUUUUCCAUCUCCCGGGAUUUGUCACACAGUUCCAAAAUCGAAGGGCGUGGCUGCGGCGGAGACGGCAGCGGAAACCCAUGGCGGAGGGCUUUGUCGACGACGAGAACCUCGAGGCGAUCGUCACCAGAAUCGAGCAGAAAUCCCGCAAGAUCGAGAGCUUGCUCAAGCAAUCAAAGCCGGUAGAGGCGUUGAAGACGGCUUUGGAAGGUUCCAUCUUGAAGACCAGAGACGAGAGGUGCAAGUCUGCGAAUUGGAUAGUAGUCCAUCGAGCAAUCAUGGCCAUAAAGGAUGUGGAUGCUAUGUUAUCAUAUUUGGAUCCCGAGUAUUAUGACAUACUCAUGAAGUACUUGUAUAGAGGAUUAGCUACUGGAGACAGACCUACGUGUGACCAGUGCCUAAAGAUCCACGAAAAGUUGACAGAGAAAGCAGGGUUAGGAUGCAUACUUCGCUCAUUGGCUGACACUGUUAAUACUGUGUAAGCUUCAUUUAUGAUGAAACCUGUAGAUGAAAUCAACCAACUUAAUAUGCAAUUAAGCUUUAUAUGAUUACACGGGGUAAAAGGCAAUCCGAGUGUCCCUCCAAUCCGUUCCUACGCCAAAGAUUUAACAGCAGCUUGUUAAGCUUGUUUUUAUGACAGCAUCUGCUUUUAUUUUCAUGGUAAUUACUUUGACAGUACGUUUGCUACUUUGGACAAAAAUUUAUUUGUCAUAGACA